AUGAACAAAAGACGUCUGACUAGCCAAGCGCCUGAAGCUGCUGUCAAUGCUACCUCUAUUCAGUUGCGACGGGCUAAAACAACGAAUGACACGCAGGAGGAUGGGCGAGGAUUCAAAGAUUAUUAUGACGAGCACCACCACCACGAUCACGACACCACCACGACUGAAAAACCUAUGAAACAGGGCAGAUACACCGACCCCUGGGCUGGAUACUACGACUGGCUUAUAAACGAGGGUUCCUUCAAAUUUUGGAGUGUCUUUCAGAUUUUCACCGCUGCUGUCCUUCUGUACGCGUGUUUGUCAGCUAUCUACUACGCGAAAUUUAACCCUAUCCUGCCUGACUAUAGUAUGGAAUACGACGACUACUUCUUAGAGCGAUCUGUGGGAAGAAAGGCAAGAAGUUUGGAAUCUUGGGAACUCCCAUCAGGACUUAGCUGGAUGAACUCUCAGACCUUUCAGUUCAUUUUGGACGCUAUAUCAAAACAUUACGAAGAAAAAUAA